GCGACGGCACGCCCCCGACGGCUGCGGCGGCGGCAACCAGGCGACCGCUCGGGCGGCGGCGGCGAGUGACGGGCGGCCGGGCCGACGGGAGCCGGGGCGGGGCGGCGGCGCGGCCCAGCGGAGGAGAGCCCGGCGGCUCGCCCCGCCCCCGCCCCGCCCGUGCGCCCCGGUGACCUUCACGGGCUCGGGCGGCGGGUGCAGGCCCGGGCGGCGGCGCGAUGUUCGUGCAGGAGGAGAAGAUCUUCGCGGGCAAGGUGCUGCGGCUGCACAUCUGUGCCGCGGACGGCGCCGAGUGGCUGGAGGAGGCGACCGAGGACACCUCGGUGGAGAAGCUCAAGGAGCGCUGCCUCAAGCACUGUGCUCAUGGGAGCUUAGAGGAUCCCAAAAGUGUGACCCAUCAUAAGUUAAUCCACGCUGCUUCAGAGAGGGUGCUGAGUGACACCAGGACAAUCUUAGAGGAGAAUGUCCAAGACAAAGAUGUCCUAUUAUUGAUAAAAAAGCGUGCUCCAGAGGCACUUCCCAAGAUGGCUGAUGUCUCCGCAGAAGAAAAGAAGAAACAAGAACAGAAGGCUCCAGACAGAGACGCCAUACAUCGGGCCACAGCCAACCUGCCCGCCUGUAGCACGGACCGGGCUGCAGUCCAGACCACCAUGAGGGAUUUCCAGACAGAGCUCCGGAAAAUCUUGGUGUCUCUCAUCGAGGUGGCACAGAAGUUGUUAGCACUGAACCCUGACGCAGUUGAAUUGUUUAAGAAGGCAAAUGCCAUGUUGGACGAGGAUGAGGACGAGCGAGUGGAUGAGGCCGCCCUGCGGCAGCUCACAGAGAUGGGCUUUCCUGAGAGCAGGGCUGCAAAGGCCCUUCGGCUGAACCACAUGUCGGUGCCUCAAGCCAUGGAGUGGCUGAUAGAGCACGCCGAGGACCCGGCCAUCGAUGCGCCUCUUCCAGGCCAGGCCUCACCAGCAGCAGCAGGUGCCACGGCCGCCACUCCAGAAGCUGCUGCUGGGACUAGCGAGGGAGACGAGGAGGUCCGGGACGAGCUCACGGAUAUCUUCAAGAAGAUUCGCAGGAAAAGGGAAUUCCGGGCCGAUGCUCGGGCCGUCGUUUCCCUGAUGGAGAUGGGCUUUGAUGAGAAGGAGGUGGUGGACGCCCUCAGAGUGAGCAACAACCAGCAGAAUGCCGCCUGCGAGUGGCUGCUGGGAGACCGCAAGCCAUCCCCUGAGGAGCUGGACCAGGGCAUCGACCCCAACAGCCCUCUCUUUCAGGCUAUUCUGGACAACCCGGUGGUGCAGCUGGGGCUUACCAACCCCAAAACGUUGCUCGCAUUUGAAGACAUGCUGGAGAACCCACUGAACAGCACCCAGUGGAUGAAUGACCCAGAAACCGGCCCAGUCAUGCUGCAGAUUUCUAGAAUCUUCCAGACGCUGAACCGCACGUAGGUGGCGUUGCAACUCUUGGCUGUCUGGCUGUAGCAGCCUCCCCAGGCAUGGAGCAGGAGGGCAGGGGCCCUCACCCAGAAGCCGCCUUCAGCACCAGGCCUGGAUUGCUCGGGUCACAGCUGCUUUUCCUCCCUGACCUUACUGCCUAUGGACUCCUGGACGGUAAGCUGCCUUCUUAGCUCCUGACAGGUGUUCCCAGGAAGUGGCUGUCAGGUGGAAGCGGAGCGAUCGCCUUCUCUCCAGAGUGCUGCAGUGGCUCUGAAAGGCGCCCCCUGGCGAGUGCUGUGGGGUCCGCAGGUCAUCUGAAAGAAGGCAUGCUGCAGUCCAGUGCUUUCGCGUGGGCUGACCCUCCAGAGUGACUCUCAGAUGGCUCCUUUAAUAAAUAAAGCUCUUUCCUAUUUUC